GGAUAAAACCGCCCCGCCAGCGAGCGCCCUUUAUACUGGCGUGCGGAGCGGCGGCAGCAGCGAGCGGCGGGACUGAGCAUCACCGCGCGGCGACACCGACACCUGCCAACAUGUCCGACAAACCAGACAUGGCUGAGAUCGAGAAAUUUGACAAGUCCAAAUUGAAGAAGACAGAGACGCAAGAGAAAAAUCCGCUGCCUUCAAAAGAAACAAUUGAACAGGAGAAGCAAGCGGGUGAAUCGUAAUGAAAUCUACCCUUCCAAAUUAUGCACUGUACAUUCCACAAGCAUUGCCUUCUUAUUUUACUUCUUUUAGCUGUUUAACUUUGUAAGAUGCAAAGAGGUUGGAUAAAGUUUAAAAUGACUGUACUGCCCCUUUCACAUCAAAAGAAUAGAGAGAACUACUGACACUGAAUGAAGGCGCUGCCUUUCCCUCUGCCUGUCUGGCUUUGGUCCUGGUGGCAUGAAAGAGCUUGCAUGUUGAUGAAAGAAGAACUUGGGUGGGACUACAGUAAACUAGAGUAACACGAAUAAAUGCAAAGCUGUAUCGAGGUCCUGCGAGCUGUAAAAUGCAGUUAAUCGAGUGCCAUUUUUUUUUUUUUGUUCAAAUGAUUUUAAUUAUUGGAAUGCACAAUUUUUUUAAUAUGCAAAUAAAAUGUUUUAAAACCUG